AUGAUGUCCUACCUGCAGCCCCCUGGCCGGCCCCUGGAGCGCUUCGAUGGGCUCUCCCUCAUUUACUGGACACUCAUGGGACCAUAUGGGAUGGAUCGAACCGUGCACUGCUUCGAAUUCUACGAGUGUGCAAACGGGCUGGGCAUUAAGGUCAUCGGUGGCAUCAAGGAGCUCACUGGAGAAGAAUAUGGAGUUUAUGUCAAGAGGAUCCUUCCAGGGGGUGUUGCUUAUGCAGACGGGCGCCUGCAGCCAGGAGACCAGAUCCUGGAGGUCAAUGGAGAUUCCCUAAUUGGGGUUACAAGCGAGAGGGCCGUGGACAUCCUGAGGACAGCGUCGGCCACCAGCCACAUGCGCCUUCUGAUAGCCCGCGAUGAUGAUGCCAGGAGAGAGUUCUCUGAGCUGCUGGAGAAGUUCGGCUCCCAGAGCAACACGGGCUCAGCACGGAGCUCGCCCAUCCUGCACGGUGGCAGUCGAUACCUGGAGAGCACCUCCUCAGGCUCGUCCUCGCGCUCCCAGAGCCCGCUGCUGCUCAGCCCUGCCACCUCCCACGGCCCCACCAUCGGCAGCCUGGGGCACGCUCCUCACGCACACUACUCCAUGGACUCAGGAAUCCAGAGCAUUUCUAUAGCAAAUUCCUCUGGCUUGGGGCUGACAAUCAGUGGUGGAUCCAACAGGCCUGACGGGCCCAUGAUUUAUGUCCAGGAGCUUUUGCCAGAUGGGGACUGUUACAAAGAUGGUCGGCUCCGACCUGGAGACCAACUCAUCGCUAUCAACAGAGAUUCUCUGGUGGGCAGCACACAUGAGGAGGCCAGAAAAAUAAUUGAAAAAGCCAAAUUCAGACACGAGGGAAGCACAGAAGUGGCCUUUAUUCCUGGGAGGGGACGGUUACAUCCCGGACUGUCGGUUCCCAACAACAUCCCAUCCCAGCCUCCAAAGGCUGUGGGGAAUGGCCUGAGCUCCUGCAGGCUGAAGGUCCACGUGAGGUCCCCGGAGAACAGACGUGAAAAUCCUUUUCCUGUGCCUUCUUUGUCACCGGACAUUUGCCCACCAGAGCUUACAGUCUCAGCACCGGCUUCAGCUUCUAACUACAAAGCAGCUUCAGGCACCAAACCUAAAGUGGCACUGGAUCCCCAUAUCCGGCUCAAGGAUGGAAAACUGGAACUGGUUCUGCAGUAUCUUGGUCUGGAUGUAACUGAGGAGAAGAAGAGGCAGCUGCGGCAAAGCCUGGCCACUGAUUCACAGGGGACUGUAGCCUAUGGAGAUGUUCUCCAAGCGCUCAGGGAUGUGAUGCAGGAGGAGCUGGAUGAGGCUGGUCUGGAUUCCAGCUCCAUGCUCUUCACUCAGUAUGAAGUGGCCAAUUUGCUGGAUACAUCAGCUUUUCACUCCCCGACCGUUGACUCUCUAAACUGCAAUGGCAACGAGGACCUGGAGCAGCUGCAGCUGGAGAUGAGGGAUCUGCGGCACGAAGUCCGCAGGCUGAAGUCUCUCCUGAGAGAAGUGGAGAGCAGCAAGAAGUCGAUGGAGGAUGAGCUUCAGAGGCUGAACCAAAAGGCGCUGGGGUUCCUGUCGGAGAACCGGACCCUGCAGAGCAAGCUGCAGAUGGCUGAGGUGGUGCAGAGACAGGCUCACAGUGCUGAGCAGGACUAUGAGGAAGUGAUCCACCUGCUGGAGGCUGAAAUUGCAGAACUGAAGAUACAGCUGGCGGGGAAAAAAGCAAAGCACGUCUCUGAAAUAGAGGAGGACAUCCUGGAGCUGAAGAGGCAGCUGUCCCUGGCUGAUGGUCAGCUACGAAAAUCCGAAGUCUCACGGAAGCGCCUGGAGAUCUGCAAUAGGAAACUGCUCCUGUUUGUGCAGAACAUUUACAAGGUCCUGAGCACACACAGUCAUUUACCAGAUGAGAAAAGCAUCAACCAUGAAACAGAAGAGGAUAAAACAGACGCAGUCUCAGACACAUCUCUUCCAUCUUCAGAUCUUGUUGACCUUUUGCUAUCAGAAGCUAAAGAACUGUUAGCACCAAUCCUCUCCAACAAGGACGCUCUGCCAUGGGACAGGAACCAGUGCCUGCCUGCUGAAGGAAUCCCAAAUUACAAGGACCACCUUCAUCAGAAGACCACGUGGCCCCCUCCUGCAGGCCAGACCAAGAGUGACCAACCACAGCCACCAAGCCCAACGGAACUGCCUAAGAAGCCGACAUAAAUAUCCCAUGGCUUGGUGGUGCUCCAAACCACAGCCAUCGAUCCCAUGGGAGAUGGGAAAGACCCCCAGGCACCUCAGCUUCCAGGCCAAGCAGUCUGA